UCCAAAGUACGGAGACCCGAACGAAUCCAACUGUGUGAUUCCCGUGUUUUUCUCCGAUUCUUCAUCCGAUUACUCUUUACAUAUAGCGAGAACUUGCUUGACACUUCAACAAUGAAGUCGACGAAUAUUCCGGUGCACACAAACGUGGACUCACAGGCAUUUUUGAGUGACAUAUACCCAGCUAGAAAUCCAGUCAUUUUAAGAAACGUGCCAAUUGGCGCCUGCACAUCAUUAUGGACAAGUGAAUAUUUACAAAAGCACGGCGGAACAAAAGAAGUCAGCGUCCACGUAAGCCCGUCACGCAACCUGAACUUCAUCAGCAGAAACUUCAUCUACAGAACGUUACCAUUCAGCGAGCUAGUCGAAAGAGCCAACAAGGACGUACAGGACAAGUUUUUCAUUGAAAAGGGAGAGCUUUACUAUUUACGGUCUCUUGGCUCAGAUCAACGGAAAAAACCAGCGGAUAUCCAAGAACAGUUUCCAGAGCUAGCAAAGGAUGUCCAGCUUCCCAAUUUCUUUCCGGAAGAGGCAUUUUUUUCAAGCGUGCUUCGAAUAGCAUCUCCGAAGCUGUGCCUGUGGACACAUUACGAUGUAAUGGAUAAUAUGCUGAUACAAGUCACGGGAAGAAAAAAAGCAGUAUUGUUUCAUCCAAACAGUGUCGAGUACUUGUACCUCCAAGGAGACAAAUCUCAGGUAACAGACAUUGAAAAUCCAGACCUCGUGAGGUACCCAGAGUUUCUCAAGGCAGAACAGCAUGUGGGUGUGCUUGAACCCGGAGACAUUUUGUUUAUACCAGCUUUAUGGUUCCACAACAUGACGGCCCUAGAUUUCGGAGUUGCGGUAAAUGUUUUCUGGCGCCACCUUGAAGGCGCGUGUUAUGAGAAAAGUGAUGUGUACGGCAAUAAAGACCCAGUGCCCGCUGCGAAAGCGCUCGCUCAUCUGCAUAAAGCAAUGAGAGAGCUUCAACAGUUGCCCACAGAGUACCGGGAAUUUUACGGCAGACGAAUGAUAGAAGAGAUAAAAAGCAUUUCAAUGACGUAACAUGGAAAUAUUUGAUUAAUAAAUGGAUACUGUCACUUGUCAAGUGGA